CUGCUCUCGCAGAUGACGAAAAUGGCGGAUAACUCGUCUUCGGUCGAGAUUGUCGAGGGUUGUCGCCUUCCCGUUCUUCGCAAAAACCAAGAACACGAGGACGAAUGGCCGUUGGCUGAAAUUCUAAGUGUGAAGGAAGUCUCUGCAAGAAAACUCUACUAUGUCCACUACAUUGACUUCAACAAGCGCCUGGAUGAGUGGGUCACAGGAGACCGGUUGGACCUGAAGAAGCUUCAGUUCCCUAAGAAGGAAGCUAAAACCCCAACCAAGAAUGGUCUUCCAGGCUCCCGUCCAAGUUCCCCUGAGAGAGAAGUGAGGAAGAGUCUAGAUCUCAACGUACAAUCUGCCACAGCUCCUUCCAGAGGCAAAACACUCCCCACACCGCUAUCGGGUCAUGCUGAACUGCAUGGAAAGCCAGAUAUAAACAACCACGGCCCAAAAAAAGAAGAUGAUGAUCCAAUCGUGCAGAUCACAUCUGGAAGUGAUUUAACAAACAGUGUAUCCAAAUGUUUGUCAGGUGUUUGCUCUGGACUUGUCAAGCCCCGUUUGAGCUUCAAAUCUGUCAAGAAGAGGAAAGUAGAAGCUGUCCCCUUGGCGACUCAGGUAUCCCCGGCCACCCCUGUGCCCUCCCUGCCAAGUUCAGCUGAAGCCUCUCAGGCAUCUGUUUUCCCUGCUGCGAGGGAGACCAACACUUUCAAGUCCCGGGAAGACCAUGAGCAGCUCUCAUCAGUCACAACGAAUGGCACCGCCCGCCGACUCAUCCCCUCACAACCAGGGAGAAAAAGGAAAGCCAACUGUGGAGGAACUGAUGAGAUGAUAAAGGUUUUGCAGUAUAACAACCCUCAAAGUGCCAGUGUCUUUCUACCACCACCAGAGGAUUCCCAGGACAGCUCAGACGGCAUCCCAUCUGCGCCCCGCAUGACGGGCAGUCUGGUAUCUGACCGCAGCCAUGACGACAUCAUCACCCGGAUGAAAAACAUUGAGUGUAUCGAGCUGGGACGUCACAGGCUGAAGCCCUGGUACUUCUCACCGUACCCACAGGAGCUCACCACACUGCCCAUCCUCUACCUCUGUGAAUUCUGUCUCAAGUACCUCAAGAGCCUCAAGUGUCUGCAGAGGCAUUUGACAAAAUGUAAUCUUAGACAUCCUCCAGGCAACGAGAUCUACCGGAAAGGCACCAUCUCAUUCUUUGAGAUUGACGGCAGGAAAAACAAAAAUUAUUCCCAGAACCUGUGUUUACUUGCAAAGUGUUUCCUGGAUCAUAAAACCCUGUAUUACGACACCGACCCUUUCCUCUUCUAUGUCAUGACGGAGUAUGACUCCAAAGGCUUUCAUAUAGUUGGCUACUUCUCUAAGGAGAAAGAGUCAACUGAAGAUUAUAACGUUGCCUGCAUCCUCACAUUGCCUCCUUACCAGCGGAGAGGUUAUGGAAAAUUGCUUAUAGAGUUCAGUUAUGAGCUGUCAAAGGUAGAAGGGAAGACGGGCACUCCUGAGAAGCCUCUCUCCGAUCUCGGACUCUUGUCCUAUCGCUCGUACUGGUCGCAGACGAUCCUUGAAAUUCUUAUGGACCUAAAACCUGACAAUGGAGAGAGGCCGCAGAUUACCAUCAAUGAGAUCAGUGAGAUAACAAGUGUAAAGAAAGAAGAUGUCAUUUCAACACUUCAGUACCUCAAUCUCAUCAACUACUACAAGGGUCAGUACAUCCUGACUCUCUCAGAGGACAUCGUGGAUGGGCAUGAAAGAGCAAUGCAGAAGAGGCACUUACGCAUAGAUCCAAAAUGUCUUCACUUCACACCGAAAGACUGGAGCAAGAGGGGCAAGUGGUAGAGCCCGGGCCUGGUUCACUGAACACCUUCUCUCACAUCCAUAUAAGAGACUCGAAGCAAAACUGUGGAUCGGAUACAGGUUUUUAUCAGGCUGUUUCAUCAAGAACUUGGAAACCCUAUUGAACCUGAGAGUGACUUCUCGUCAGAUAAGAAGCAAGGAACAAAAAUUCACUGGAGAUCUGUAAGCUUUUAUUGUGAAUAUUCAUGACAUCAUGGGAAUUUGAAAGGCUCUCUACAUUGGAGUUAAAAAAAAAGGUAACACUGACAAACACAGACAAAAAUGCCAAUACACCCUCUACUGUUGAAAAGAUCCUGUUUAUGUCAGUGCAUUCAAAGUGAGACAAGAUAUCUGUUAAAAAUGUAGAAUAAAUCCUGAGAUUGAACUAAAAUUAAGGAGAUAUGAUUUUUAGUCAUUUUUAAAGAAGGGAAUUUUUUCUUUGGUGAAUCCACAGUCAUUUAAGAACUUCUGGGAGGAUUUCUUUUCCUUAAACACUGUAAAGAGGAGUGUCCUUUUUAAAAUCCAUUUUAUUUGCUUGAAAAAGCUGUCAGUAUGACAUGAUAUAAAUGUUUUUUCCACAAAUAUUUGGCUGAAAACAUGUAACAACUAAAUCACCUGUGGGACUUUAUGAUUUUUUUUUUUUUUUUGACAAAACUUGAAUUACUGAAAUGAUCAGAAAAAGCACUCAUUAAAUAACCAAACACUCCAAAAUUCUGCAGCAGUUUUGUUUUGGAAACCACAGUUUUUAGGCUGAAAAACAUCCCUCAAAACAAUCUUGAAAACAUUUUUAAGAUUAUUUGGGUUUUUUGCCUUCAUCUAAAGAGACAGGAAGAGAGAGAUCAGGGGAAGACGUGCACCAGGAUUAGGAUUUGAUCCUGCAACCAGUGUGUCAAGAACUGUAGCCUCUGUAUAUGGGCACCUGCUCUACCAGCUAAGCCAAACUUGUGCAUAAAACAGAUGUUUUUAUUGAAAUGGUUAAUUUUGUACACAGAAACCCCUGGCAUUAUGAUCAUUCUUACAUUUGCCCUUGGUGUCAGGUAAGAUACUGGUCAAUUCAAAGUCUCAGCUCCACUUAAACAGUUCAUUGUUAUUUGCUUUGAGUGCCUGGAUUUUAACAUGUCUUGAAAUUAUAAGCACAUAGGUCCCUGCGUUAGGAUUCAGCUCGUUUUUAUGAUCUCAAUCACAUAUGUCUGUUAUAUUUCUUAUAAACCACAAUAAUGUUCAUGUUUUUUUCCUACAGAAGUAGCUCAAUUUCUCUUUGAUUUGAAUAGUUGGAAGUAGUUUGUGAUAAUUUCUUUCUUUUUCCACGUCUGUACAGUGUGCAAUGAGACAAUUCAGCUCCUUAAUUUAAACAUGUUCCCCGUACUUGUACAUACUGGACCUGACUGUAAAAAAUAGCUUAGAAGACAGAAGCCAUGUUGAACUGUUAGAGGAAUGUAAAUUUUGUGUACAGUUGUUUUUUUUUUUUUACUUAAUAUAAACUAACUGGCUGAAAAACAGACAGAAAAAAACUCUGUGAAAGUGAUAAAACUUUCAGUUUGUAUUUUAUGUUUACAUGUCACAAAGGCGCCCUGUUGAAAUAAUUUAGUAUAUCUUAAAGUGAAACAGUGGAGAAUAUGAUUUCAAUGUUUGAUAUGAAAACUUGUUGAAUUGAUAA